AUCGGACAAUCGAAUAUCCGGCAAGUCGUAUCGGUGUUUUGUUCAGAACGUCAAGCUGAUGCAAUUUUAACAGCUUUUACGGAGAUAUAAAUCCCAGUUCUCAGUAAAAGUAUUAUUCAUUGAGCAAACAAGAUGUCCGCCGAUCAAAUGGCAGAGUUAACCCUAGGUUCUAUAUUCACUUCGGAAAAGAAGGGAAACGAUGAGGCAGGCGAUGGCAGUGAGUCCAAGCCAUUUAAGACCAUCCUGCCGAUGCGGAGUGCUGGAAAGGAGCCCUUCCCCACCAUCUACGUGGACAGCAAGGAUCCGAAUGCGGUAGAGCCCUUCGAGCCGGCUGCCAAGUCGCAGCUGAAGAAAAUCCAGAAGCUGUUUGUGCGCGAAUCCCAGAAGAAUGCUGAGAAGCAGCAGCGAGAGGCCGAAGAUGCGGUGAAGCGCCAGCAAAAUCUAGAGGAGGCACGCAAAGUAAAUCACGAGGAUCCCAGUUGGCCGGUGGCCCGCAAGAUUCGCAUUCUCGAGGGCACCGCCAAUCGCGGCUCUCGCGUCAAGGUCUACGGCUGGGUGCAUCGGCUCCGGCGUCAGGGCAAGUCUCUUAUCUUCAUUACGCUUCGCGAUGCAGGCUUCCUGCAGUGCGUGCUUAACGAUCAGCUCUGCCAGACGUACGAUGCCCGUCUGAGCACGGAGAGUAGUGUGGUUCUGUUUGGCAUGAAGCUGGUACCGGAGGGCAAGACGGCUCCUGGCGGCCAUGAACUUAACGUAGACUACUGGGAGGUGAUUGGAUUGGCUCCGCCCGGUGGCGCUGACGCCAUUCUCAACGAGGAAGCCCAGCCGGAUGUGCAGCUUGACAACCGGCACAUCAUGAUUCGUGGCGAGAACACCUCCAAGGUGCAAAUGCGUUCCGUGGUGGCUCAGGCAUUCCGGGCGCAUUACGAGGCCCGUGGCUAUAAUGAGGUGACGCCCCCAACUUUGGUGCAAACCCAAGUGGAAGGUGGCUCCACCCUCUUCAAGCUGCAGUAUUUCGGCGAGGAGGCUUACCUCACACAGAGCUCGCAGCUGUAUCUGGAGACGUGUCUGCCGGCCCUGGGCGAUGUCUUCACCAUUUCCCAGAGCUAUCGAGCCGAGCAGAGCCGCACACGUCGCCAUCUGGCUGAGUAUUCGCACAUCGAGGCCGAGUGUCCCUUCAUCACGUUCGAAGAACUCUUGGACCGCCUGGAGGAGCUGGUGUGCGACGUGGUGGAUCGCGUGCUGAAGUCCCCUUGGGGCUACUUGGUGAAGGAGCUCAACCCUGACUUCAAGCCGCCGCAGAAGCCAUUCCGUCGCAUGAACUACGAGGAUGCCAUCAAGUGGCUGAAGGAGAACAAUGUGACCAAGGACGAUGGCACCUUCUGAUUUGGCGAGGAUAUACCCGAGGCUCCGGAGCGCAAGAUGACUGAUACCAUUAACGAACCCAUCAUGUUGUGCCGUUUCCCGGCCGAGAUUAAGUCUUUCUACAUGUCGCGCUGCAAGGAGGAUCAGCGAUUGACCGAGAGCGUGGACGUUCUGCUGCCAAAUGUGGGUGAGAUUGUGGGCGGAUCUAUGAGGAUCCAUGACAGAGAGCUGCUGAAGGGCUACCAGCGCGAGGGCAUCGAUCCCAAGCCAUACUACUGGUACACGGAUCAGCGCAUCUAUGGAACUUUGCCCCACGGUGGCUAUGGAUUGGGCUUGGAGCGGUUCCUUUGCUGGCUGCUUAACCGGUAUCACAUCCGCGAGGUCUGCCUUUACCCUCGAUUCCUGGACAGAUGCAAGCCUUAAGCGGGUGACGAGAGACGAGCUUUUCUGCCAGCAUUUACACAAAAGGUUUAUCUUAAUCAUAACAAUUCUCUUUAAAACUUUGUAGCUUCUGCUCAUGAAAUGAAACUUAAUACAAAUUAUUUGUAUGAAUAUGGAAAAAUAAAGGCCGCGCCUACGCUUAUAUUGGAAUGAACUU